CCCACCCGGUGCCCGCAGAGCCUCCCCACCCAGCCACCUGACAGCUCCAGAGCUGCCCCUGACUUGUGGCCAUGGUGCCCCAUGGUGGGAUCCAAGGGCAAGAGACAAAUGCUUGUGGGCUGGGGGGAAGCAGGAGGCGCAGGGAGGGCUGGACCCAGGGGAUAACUCGUGUGUCCGGUGUGGGGUCACAGUCUGUAGAAGUGGGGGACUGCCUCUACGUUUGAGCUGCAGAGGCCUGAGGGGCUCCAAGCCCAGAUGUGGAGGGCAUGUGGCUUCCUGAACCUCCCCCACCCCGUUUCCGGAGGCUUUCCCCCCCCCCCCCACAGGUGGUGGAGACAGGGAAGAUGGGGGAAGGAAUCUUCCUGGGGCACUGGUGGCCAGGUCUGGCCGAGAUUGUUCCUCUUGUUUAAGGCUGAAGAAUCAGCCCAGGAGGGUCUGCCCAGGGUGUGAGCCCCUGGCCCUCUUUCCUCCCUGCUGAGGGUCUGUGGACACUAACCUGACACUAACUGGCCGGCUAAGCCUCUGGAGAGAGGCCUGGUGGGAGGUACUGAACGCGCGGCUUCGGCUGCCAGCAUCUGGAGGCCGAGAGCCAGGAGCAUCGGUCCUGAUUAGGAGCCCGCUGGGCUGGCCUGAGCCGCAGGCGGGGGUCAGGAGCAGGACGGGGUCUGCCGCGGCAGGCAGUCGGCCCUGUGCUGGUGGCUUGCCUGGGCCUACACCGCCACACGCUGUCGCUGGCGGGGAACAGCCCAGCCGGGAAGGCUGGGCACCCACGGCAGACCUCCCAGCUCCCAGGCUCUGUCUGCGGUCUUCCCGCCGAAGCGGGCGCCUUCAGCAGCGCAGUUCCGGUGAACUUCGGAGGCCCGCGCCUUGCCCGCAGCCCCCCGCCGCGUUGCCUGCUUGUCUCCUGAACUGUCUUAGCAGCAAGUGUUAGUAGAAAAACACUUCCAAGGUGUCAAGACACACUGGGUAGGGAAGGAAAAUAGUGGUUUCUUAUCACAACAGAAAAGAAAAGGUGUGGAAGGGGCGGCGGGGGGCCGGCUGGGCUUCAAGCCAGAGAAAGGGGGCGCGGGCAACGGUGCCCCCACUUCGCGAGGCUCCGCGGCGGGAGGCCCCCGGAUGCGCCCUUCUCGGGACCUCGCGGUUGCGCUCCCCGGGCGCGCGGCCCCCUCCUGGGCCAACCUGCCCGCGGGGUCCCCCUGGCGGGGGUCCCUAGAGGUCUCCUCGCAAGUGAGCGGCGGUGAUCCCGCGCGGGGACCGGACUCCGGGCCGGGGAGGGCAGCCCCGGGGGCUGGGGGGCGCGGAGCCGCUCAUCGGCAUUCGGCGCGCGCGGGCGGGCCGCGGGGCGUUGCGUGUCAAGCAGGGUCGUGCGACUGGACGACUCGGGCUCGCCCGCGCCCCGGGUCGCAUUCCGGGGGGCGCCGGCGGGCCUCCAACGGCCAGGCCCGCACUUCAUGCCGCAGAAACCGAUGAGAAGAUUAAAAACCCUCCGCGAUUCCGGCAGAAGAUUCUCUCCGGCCUCUCUGUUUGCGGAGCGCCUGAUCCCGGGGAUCGGAAUGCGGAGCCCUCCCCGCCCCUCCUCCGCGGCCCCCGCUCCCCGCCCGGCUCCCGCCAUUGUCCUCGGGACGGGGAGCCUCAGAGCGCGACCGAGGGCUCGGGAAAGCGGGGAGUCCGGGGGCCUUGAGAACGGCGGCUGCCCGCGCUCGGAGCAGGCCCCGCCAUUUAAAAUUCAAAUACGCGUCCUGAGAGCCGGCGAGAGGCCGGGCUGUGCAAACAGAGCCUGUGGGGCCCGGCCCCGAGAGCCCCGCGGACGGCGGGGGGCGGGGAGGGGCGCACCUGAGCAAAUAGGGAGGGGCGGCGAGAGAGGGAGCGCGAGGGAAGUCGCCCCCCCAAGAGUGUCUCCCGUUGAUCGCCGAGAGCGCGACAAUGCUGGGCCCUUCAUGGGAUUUUAAUUACAAGACGCACAGCAGCCGGGGUUCGCACCGCGGCCGGUCCCUGGAAUGUUUGUCCAGUUGCCACAACGACCGCAGCUAUUUUCCACCCCGGCCCCCGCCCCCCGGUGCCCUGCCACCGGCCGCGCCGAGGCCCCCCGGCCGGGCUGGGCGCCGGGGGGCGCGGGCAGGCGACGGGUCCCCGCGGCUCGGCCGGGGAGCGGGGCGCGCGCGGGAGCGGGGGUGCGGGGACCCGAGGGAAGGAAGGAGGUGCCCCCCACCCCGCGCCCGAGGGAGCUCAAGGAGGCUUCCGGAGGAAUCCAAGUGCAGAGCAAACAGCCUGCGAACUCAGGGCGAGAGAAUUCGGUGGCGGCCAAGUCCGGCGGCUGCUUCCCGGGCUCGGCCACGGUGCACCUGGAGCAGGGCGGCACCAAGCUGGUGCGGGAGCUGCGCCCCGGGGACCGCGUGCUGGCGGCCGACGACCAGGGCCGGCUGCUCUACAGCGACUUCCUCACCUUCCUGGACCGCGACGACGGCGCCAAGAAGGUCUUCUACGUGAUCGAGACGCGGGAGCCGCGCGAGCGCCUGCUGCUCACCGCCGCGCACCUGCUGUUCGUCGCGCCGCACAACGACUCGGCGGCGGCGGAGCCGGAGGCGCGGGCGGGCGCGGGGCCGCCGCCGGGGGCCGCGCCGGGGCGCCGGGCGCUCUUCGCCAGCCGCGUGCGCCCGGGCCAGCUGGUGUACGUGGUGGCCGAGGGCGGCGGGGGUCGCCGGCUCCUGCCGGCCGCGGUGCACAGCGUGACGCUGCGCGAGGAGGCCACGGGCGCGUACGCGCCGCUCACGGCGCAGGGCACCAUCCUCAUCAACCGGGUGCUGGCGUCGUGCUACGCGGUCAUCGAGGAGCACGGCUGGGCGCAUCGGGCCUUCGCGCCCUUCCGCCUGGCGCACGCGCUCCUGGCCGUGCUGGCGCCCGCGCGCACGGACCGCGGCGGGGACGGCCACGGCGGCGACGGCCACAGCGGGGGCGGCGCCCACCUGCCCCUCCCCGCGCCGGGGGCGGCCGACGCGCCGGGCGCCGCGGGCAUCCACUGGUACUCGCAGCUUCUCUACCAAAUAGGCACCUGGUUGCUGGACAGCGAGGCCCUGCACCCGCUGGGCAUGGCGGUCCCGUCCAGCUGAAGGCCGGGGAGCCGGGGAGGGCGCGGGGGCGGGAGGGGGCGGCGGGCGGGGGGCGCGACAGCGAGGAACAGCAAAGGACACACGGAAAAGCGCACGGAAUGAGACUUUAAUUAUAAUAAUAAUUAAUAAUAAUAAUAAUAAAGUAGGACAGUCCAAAGUAGACUAUAAGGAAACAGAGACCCCGGGAAGUCUUGUCGUCGUGCUUAGUUUAUAUAUAUAUUUUUGAAAUUUUUGGUUGUUUUAUUUUGGUUAUUUUUUUUUUUCACCUCUCCUGGCUAUUUAUUUGUUUGGUAUGAAUAGAUGUUUUAAAUAAUAUGAACCGGACCUUCAAGAGCCUUAAAUAGUUUGUUUCUCGGAUAAUUUAUUAUUAUCAUGUGAACUGUACUCACGGGGGAAAGAUUAUUUUGUGAGGCCAAGCGACCCGCUCAGAGUCUAUUUUUCUACACGUCCCUCGCCCUGACUUUCAGAAAGCAAAACUCUGCACUCUGCACUCCUCCUUCCCACGCCUGCUUUUCGGCAAGAGUAAACUGAAACAUGCUUCAUGGGGGUCCACAAAUUAUAUUUUUAUACACAGAAUUGUAAAUUAGAUUUUUUUGAGAGAUCAAUACUUAACUGAAUGACAUUUCAUUUUUGAAAUAGUGUAAAAUAUGAAAAUAUAUUAUUUUAAUUUAACUAGUUUCCAGUGUAACAGCCACCUCCUGUAUGUCUUCAACGGUUAAUAUUUGCUCCAUCAUUUCCAUUUUGGCCAUGUUCUUGGAAGUCAAGACUGUUACACACACACACACACACACACACAUACAUGCGCACACACACACACACCGUGUUUCUUUUUUUCUCUUCUUUUCUUUUUUUCUUUUUUUUUUCUUUUUUUGGACAAACUGGAAGAACUCUGUUAUUUUUAACUUCAAAGAAUUUAUUAGAAAAUAAUAUUUUUUAAAAGCGCACAUAGUGAUAAGCCCACAAGAAUGGAGCCUGUAGUUUGUACAGAGAAAAACAAAGGAUGUUUUUGCAUUAAUAAAUUGAGAAAUUACUGCUGUAAAUUUACUAAAAUGUAUUUUUGAAUAUUUUGUAAUAGUUUUAUAGAAAUAAAAUGUGCCACGCACAGA